UGCGCGAGAUGGCAGCCAGUGAAAUAAGGCGGGCUAUCGUUGGACGUAUUCCUGACUGCCUACGCAAUUGUGUGAAUAAGGAAUACUUCCUGGGAGGGACAGCUGCCACUGCCGCAGGUUACGCAGAUGGCACGAAUGGUGGUUAUUACACUGGAGCACUGCCUGUGCAGCAGGCACACUCAACAACACCACACGGCCAGGUGCCACACUCAGUAGCAGCUGGUGCUGGUGGCGGUGCGGCAGGUGCAGGAGCAGGCACUGUCCCUGGCCUUCCUCACAGUAUAUUCCAUCAAAAAAUGAGGACCGAUGAUAACGUAACAAAUCGCUUCCCACAAGCACACUCUUGCCUCUGAAUACACCAGACCCAUCUAACCACCAUUCACAGAAGCCAGAGCCGUCAGAAGUGCAUUAACAGGGUACACCCUGAAAAUGCUCCCACAGGCCCAGCAAAGGAGAGACUUAUCCUACGAGGAGGAAAAACUU